AAUGCCUCCUGCGUCAUUGUGGCGUCCAGACAUGCCAGCUCAUCAACAGUAAGUACUCUGACCACCUCUUCAAGGGCACUCAUUGUCAGUUUGCCAAUUAUUAUCAUCAUCAUUGUUGGUGAUGCAUGAUGUUAAUAGGGAUUGACAAGAAGAGAUGAUUUCCCUCUGUUCUCUCUGCCAUUAUGGACCAUGGUGAUAACUUUAUAAGCCAGUGUUUUUCAACCAAUGUUUUGGAUAUAAUGUUUGUUUGACCAACACAGACCUGGCAGUGUUAUCACACAUUUUUCACUAGGUUCUCUGUAGUUGACCUUUUUAUAUAGGCUGUUUUUCAACAAAUGUGAUUUUGACUGAGCUUUCAGAGACGUGUAUGUUUUUGCAGAAUCUAAAGGAUGUUUUAUCAGACCUCAUCCCAAAAGAACAAAGUAGGAUCAAGAGCUUCAAACAGCAGUAUGGCAAAACCAACAUUGGAUCAAUCACUGUUGAUAUGGUAAGUAACUGAGCUGUAUUCAGUAUCUCAGGGGGGGAGAGAAUGUAGAUGAAUUAAGAUCAGGAUCAUCUUUACACAUUUUGAUUUGAAACGCUUAUGCUAUUUCUGGACUUUGAUCAGAGCAAAUGAGUCUAGCCUAUAUUGAGCGUUCUGUACAGAGUGUAAUUUAUUUUAGUGUUGUUUCACAGGUCUAUGGUGGGAUGAGGGGCAUGAAGGGUCUGGUGUACGAGACCUCAGUGCUGGAUCCUGAUGAGGUAUGUUCCCUGCCCUCACAACACACACAAUCCACUAAACAUUAACACCCACAGAAUAAUUGAUGUGUCGAGCUGAGCACCCUUGGCUCUUGUAGAUAAGCCAUAUGGGCACUUUACAGUGCCUUCAGAAAGUAUUCAUACUCCUUGACUUAUUCCACAUUUUGUUGUGUUACAGCCUGAAUUCAAAAUGGAUUAAAAAUAAUAAUAUUCUCACCCAUCUACACACAAUACUACACACAAUACUAUACUAUCUACACACAAUAUAAUGACAAAGUGAAAACAUGUUUUUAGACAUUUUUGCACAUUUAUUGAAAAUGAAAUACAGAAAUAUCUCAUUUAAAUAAGUAUUCACACCCCUGAGUAAAUAUUUUGUAGAAGCACCUUUGGCAGUGAUUACAGCUGUGAGUCUUUCUUGGUAAGUCUCUCUAAGAGCUUUCCACACCUGGAUUGUACAACAUUUGCCCAUUUAUUAUUUUCUAAAUUAUUCAAGCUCUGUCAAAUUGGUUGUUGAUCAUUGCUAGACAACCACUUUCAGGUCUCGCCAUAGAUUGUCAUGUAGAUUUAAGUCAAAACUGUAACUCGACCACUCAGGAGCAUUCACUGUCUUCUUGGUAAGCAACUCCAGUGUAUAUUUGGCCUUGUGUGUUAGGUCAUUGUCCUGCUGAAAGGUGAAUUCAUCUCCCAGCGUCUGGUGGAAAGCAGACUGAACCAGGUUUUCCCUCUAGGAUUUUGCCUUUACUUAGCUCUAUUCCUUUUUUUUUUUUAUCCUGAAAAAUUCCCCAGUCCAUAAUGAUUACAAGCAUACCCAUAACAUGAUGCAGCCACCAAUAUGCUUGAAAUAUGGAGAGUGGUACUCAGUCAUUUGUUGUAUUGGAUUUGCCCCGAACAUAACUUUGUAUUCAGGACAAAAAGUUAAUUGCUUUGCCACAUUUUUUCUAGUAUUACUUUAAUGCCUUGUUGCAAACAGGAUGCAUGUUUUGUAAUAUUUGUAUUCUGUACAGGCUUCCUCCUUUUCACUCUGUCAAUUAGGUUAGUAUUGUUAAGUAACUACAAUUUUGUUGAUCCAUCCUCAGUUUACUCCUAUCACAGCCAUUAAACUCUGUUUUAAAGUCCCUGAGCGGUUUCCUUCCUCUCCUGCAACUGAGUUAUCAUCCAAAAUAUAAUUAAUAACUUCACAAAGGGAUAUUCAGUGUCUGCAAUGUUGUUUUAUUUUACCCAUCUACCAAUAGUUGCCCUUUGUGAGGCAUUGGAAAACCUCCCUGGUCUUUGUGGUUGAAUCUGUGUUUGAAAUUCUCUGCUCGACUGAGGGACCUUAAAGAUCAUUGUAUGUUUGGGGUACAGAGAUGAGGUAGUCAUUCAAAAAUCAUGUUAAACACUAUUAUUGCACACGGAGUCCAUGCAACUUAUGUGACUUGUUAAGCACAUUUUUACUCCUGAACUUAUUUAGGCUUGCCAUAACAAAGGGGUUGAAUACUUAUUUACUUAAGACAUUUCAGCUUUACUUGUAAAAAUGAUUUUGUAAACAUUUCGAACAACAUAAUUCCACUUCGAUAUUGUGUGUGUGUAGGCCAGUGACAAAACAUCUCCAUUUAAUCCAUUUUAAAUUCAGGCUGUAAGACAACAAAAUGUGGAAAAAGUCAAGAGGUGUGAAUACUUUCUGAAGGCACUGUAUAUAAAUUGUGUCCAAUUUCUCUUUAGGGCAUCCGCUUCCGGGGCUACAGCAUUCCAGAGUGUCAGCAGCUGUUGCCCAAGGCUCCAGGAGGUCAGGAGCCGCUGCCUGAGGGCCUCUUUUGGCUGCUGGUCACAGGACAGGUCCCCACAGAGGAACAAGUGAGAUGGGGCUAGGGCUGGAUGUGCUAAGGCUAAUUUAAACUGAAUGUGAAGAUUUAGUCUCAAGUUCAAAAAGGAGGUUAAAGGGUAGGUAGAAUAAACAUAACCACAUGUAACAUGGAUUUGCAUUAGUAUACGCAUCAAAAGUUCCAAUGCAAGGUUACACCUCACUUUUCUAUUUUUCAAGUUGUUACAUAAAACCGAUCAGAAUGCCGAAGUCAUGCUGGAAAAAGUUUUUCCGGGGUGUGGCGUUAUAUGGAGGACACGGCCAGCCAGCCUAUUCCCUAUCAUGUAAACUCCAACAGAAAUAACUUUAAAUGUAUAACUUCAAAUUAAACCAAAUCGUUUGCCCUCAUGACUACUGGUUUCAAUAAAAUGUUCAAACCAACUUAAAACCAAAUAAUUUAUGAUUUUAUUGUUAAAGAUCAGCUUGCAAAGUUGCUAGCCAACUAGCCUGCUAACGUUAGCCCUACUAUCUAGCCUGCUAACGUUAGCCCUACUAGCUAGCCUGCUAACGUUACGUUAGCACUGCAUGAGUCGGCCAGUUGUAAACCAAAGUUUUGAAAAUACAUAACACCAUCUAACCAAUUAUCAAGUAAUGUUGCCGGUACAUGCAGUUAUUUUAGCCAGCAAGCCAACCAGCUAAAGUUAUUUUAGCCUGCUUGCUAACUAGCCUAGUUAGCCAACCACCACGGGUCGACAUAGCUAAGUGGUAAGCCAGAGAACAACACCAAUUAUUCUAGCACAAACAGAAAAAAGAAGCCAGCAGAUAUAAAGUAGAGAGAGUGGAGACUUACCGAUUUGACAGCUGAGUUAGCGACCUCAGAGGGAGAGGCCUUUUCACCGGCCCGAGGGAGAGUCAGCUAAUCCAAUAGCGAUCUAGUGAGGUAAAUCCACAUUGAAUUUACCCGGUUUAUCUCAUCACUGCUGACACUCGCGAUGUAGGAAACGGGUUGCUGGCUUAACAAUCACGCUCGGCACAGCACCUGGUUUCAGUCUGUCUCCUUCCGAAUCCUGCCUUCCACUGGUUCUAGCCAUCUAAGUCCUCCAGGGUUAAAUGUGCACCGCAUGCAGUAGACGUGCCCGUGGUUCCUUUCAACCAAUCUGCUCACUUCAACCGGACAAACCGGUCCCACUUCAAAGGUAGCUUCUCGUUUUUGGGCCACAAAUUAGUUGUAACCCCAUCUUUGUGGGUAUUACUGCACUCAGCAACAACACACCUCCUUGGCAUUUGGUGUUUGCUGCAGCUCUUUCUUGAAGCCACCACGAGAUUAGGUCUAAUUCUACCCUCAUGUGGCUCAACUGGAGGAAAUUCCUAUGUUAUUACAUACUACAAGCAAGUUACUUUAUGGUUUAGGAGGAAGGCAUUGAAGUUCUACAACCAUAGCCAAGUGAUGGGGAUUUAUAGUGUUUGGGAUUAAAUAACAUUUCCUGUCUGAAUUUCUUUUAUUGGCCCUACUUAUACUCAACAAUCCUGUUUGCAUCAUCUCUCCAGGUGAGCUGGUUGUCCAAAGAAUGGGCUAAGCGGGCAGCACUCCCCUCCCACGUUGUCACCAUGCUAGAUAACUUUCCCACCAACCUUCACCCAAUGUCCCAGUUCAGUGCCGCAAUCACAGCUCUGAACAGCGAGAGCAGCUUUGCCCGGGCCUACUCCGAGGGCGUCAACAAGUCCAAGUACUGGGAGGUAAGUCACACACAGACAGACCCCAGCAUGUAUUCUUCACAGACCUGGGUUCAAAUGGUAUUUGAACAUUUUCAAAUACGUUGUCUGUGUUUGUUUGAGCUUGCCUGGCGAAAUGGAACAAACAGAAUAGCCAUUAAGGUGUAAACUUCGCACAUCUUGCGCUCCAGGCAGGCUAAAGCCAACGCUCCUAUUUCAACCCAGUUCUGCAUUCCUCACACUACAAUGCAGUACAGUCAGAGGUGUGGCUAAAGGCAUUAAACCAGAGGGUGAUGCCGGAUCUAAACCUUGACUGAUUUAAAGUGCCUUUCAAGUGUCUGUUCUUUAAAUGUGAAUUUUAACCAGCACACCAGGUCUCCCUUGACGAGCAUAUUAAUCUCUUCCUUAACUUCCUGGUUAAAGAUUAGGCUAAAUUUAAAUAAACAGAAACACAACCACACUGUUUCUUGUGUAGAGCAGGGAAUUACAGCCCCAGAGUCCGACAGACAGACUUGAAAAAGCUCACAGACCAAAACGUCAACAGGAAAUCAGCUACAGAGGUAAUCGUGUGUGUGGGAUUUAUCAGGUCUUUCAGUGAGAUCCUGUGGGAGACAGUCUACUGACUGUUGAUUAAACCACCUACCCUUCUCUAUUCAGUUCCUCUAUUCCAGUUCAUCUACUCUAUUCAGUUAAUCUAUAUUCCAGUUCAUUUACUCUAUUCAGUUCAUCUACUUUAUUCCAGUUCAUCUAUGAGGACUCCAUGGACUUGAUUGCCAAGUUGCCGUGUGUUGCUGCUAAGAUCUACCGUAACCUGUACCGUGAGGGCAGCAGCAUUGGAGCUAUCGACUCUAACCAGGACUGGUCCGCUAACUUCGCCAACAUGCUGGGCUACAGCAACUCUGCUGAGUUCACUGAACUUAUGAGGCUCUACCUCACCAUCCACAGGUAUUGAACUAUGGGCCAGUUUCAGAUUAAGAAUCUCCAUUGAAGAAUUUCCAUUGAAACCAGCCCUAAAGGAUGUAUAUUUUAAGCAUAAUUACCAUUUAAGCGCCUUUGGGUCAUUGAAAAGCACUCUAUAAAACCCAGGUAUUCAUAUUAUUAUUAUUAACCAUUAUAAGUCAUUGAUUUAUCUUACUUUUGGGGUGGUAGACAUUUUGUCUAUUUUGGGCUGUAGCUCAUUCCCCUUCCCUUGCCAAUAAAUUCUGGCAUUGCAUGAUAGAGAAUUGUGAAACCCGCAAAGAUGAAUAUUCUCUGCCCCCUAGCGUUUAUAUGUUGCAUUAGAAUUAUUCUACAAUUAUUUGGGGAUAAGUCUGUAUUUGAAUAUAGCUCUGUAUAAAUAUUUUAGUUAGUAAUAAUCAUGUCAAGUACUAUUUUGUGAUGAAUUACUGUACAUUUAAAAUGUAAGUGACCCUCUGGGGUUCCUGUUUCAGUGACCAUGAGGGAGGCAACGUCAGCGCCCACACAAGUCACCUGGUGGGCAGUGCUCUGUCUGACCCUUACCUCUCCUUCAGUGCUGCUCUGAACGGGCUGGCUGGACCUCUGCAUGGGCUGGCCAACCAGGUCUGUGUUAAUCCUGUGGAUGGACAGAUGGAUGGACAGAAUCAAAUAACAUUUUAUUUGUCACAUGUGCCGAAUACAACAGGUGUAGACCUUACAGUGAAAUGCUUACUUACAAGCCCUUAACCAACAAUGCGGUUUUAAGAAAAAUAAGUGUUAAGUAAAAAAUAGAUAACAAAAAAUUAAAGAGCUGCAGUAAAAUAACAGUAGCGAGGCUAUAUACAGGGGGUACCGGUACAGAGUCAAUGUGCGGGGGGAAAAUGCAAAUAGUCCGGGUAGCCAUUUGAUUAGCUGUUCAGGAGUCUUAUGGCUUGGGGGUAGAAGCUGUUAAGAAGCCUUUUGGACCUAGACUUGGCGCUCCGGUACCGCUUGCUGAGCGGUAGCAGAGAGAACAGUCUAUGACUAGGGUAGCUGGAGUCUUUGACCAUUUUUAGGGCCUUCCUUUGACACCGCCUGGUAUAGAGGUCCUGGAUGGCAGGAAGCUUGGUCCCAGUGAUGUACUGCCGUACGCACUACCCUCUGUAGUGCCUUGCGGUCGGAUGCCGAGCAGUUGCCAUACCAGGCAGUGAUGCAACCAGUCGGGAUGCUCUCGAUGGUGCAGCUGUAGAACUUUUUGAGGAUCUGAGGACCCAUGCCAAAUCUUUUCAGUCUCCUGAGGGGGAAUAGGCUUUGUCGUGCCCUCUUCAUGACUGUCUUAGUGUGUUUGGACCAUGAUAGUUUGUUGGUGAUGUGGACACGCUCUCAACCUGUUCCACUGCAUCCCCGUCGAUGAGAAUGGGAGCGUGCUCGGUCCUCUUCUUUUUCCUGUAGUCCACAAUCAUCUCCUUUGUCUUGAUGGCGUUGAGGGAGAGGUUGUUAUCCUGGCACCACACGGCCAGGUCUCUGACCUCCUCCCUAUAAGCUGUCUCAUCGUUGUCGGUGAUCAGGCCUACCACUGUUGUGUCGUCAGCAAACUUAAUGAUGGUGUUGGAGUCGUGCCUGGCCAUGCAGUCAUGGUUGAACAGGGAGUACAGGAGGGGACUGAGCACGCACCCCUGAGGGGCCCCCGUGUUGAGGAUCAGCGUGGCAGAUGUGUUGUUACCUACCCUUACCACCUGGGGGUGGCCCGCCAGGAAGUCCAGGAUCCAGUUGCAGAGGGAGGUGUUUAGUCCCAGGGUCCUUAGCUUAGUGAUGAGGUUUGAGGGCACUAUGAUGUUGAACGCUGAGCUGUAGUCAAUGAAUAGCAUUCUCAUGUAGGUGUUCCUUUUGUCCAGGUGGGAAAAGGCAGUGUGGAGUGCAAUAGAGAUUGCAUCAUCUGUGGAUCUGUUGGGGCGGUAUACAAAUUGGAGUGGGUCUAGGGUUUCUGGGAUAAUGGUGUUGAUGUGAGCCAUGACCAGCCUUUCAAAGAACGAUAGUCAUGAUAGAGUAACUGGCAUUUUCUUAACAUCAUAAGCACAGCAGUCACUGAGAAGCAGAAUUAUAAUUGUGUUUUUGUUUUAGCCUUGCUGAGGUUAACAGUAUGUUGCUGAUAUUUGUUUCUCUGUGUGCCCUGCAGGAGGUGCUGGUGUGGCUGACGGCCCUGCAGAAUGAGAUGGGAGGGGAGGUGUCUGAUGAGAAGAUGAGGGAUUACAUCUGGAACACACUCAAGUCUGGCAGGGUAAGAGCGCAUCUGGCUUCACUACUAUGACGCAUCUUACCCAAAAUUCCUUAGUUCUCCAGAAUUCUGGGGAUCAGGAAGGAAUAAGCAGGGAGUUAAUCCUCCAACAGGGAUUAGGAAGAACACAGGACAUUUGGGGGAGGUUUGCAACCUCACACUCUCGCUCUUACACUCGCUCUCUGCCAUAGGUGGUGCCAGGCUACGGGCAUGCUGUCCUGAGGAAGACUGACCCCAGGUACCAAUGCCAGCAGGAGUUUGCCUUCAAGCACCUGCCCAAUGACCCCAUGUUCAAGCUGGUGCACCAGCUCUACAAGAUCGUUCCCCCAGUGCUGCUGGAGCAGGGUAAGGCUAAGAACCCCUGGCCCAACGUAGAUGCCCACAGUGGAGUGCUUCUGCAGGUAAGCAGUAUUCUUUAUUGGGGCAUUCUACUCAACAAUGUCCUAUUGUAAUGUUAUGUAUUGCAAUGUAAUGCAGAUCCAUUCUUCGAUGGAACUUGAAUUUGAAAGUGCAUUCUAAAUGUAUUUUGACGGGUCAGCAUUACAAUCCAGAUGUCCUUCAAUUAUAAGCAUCACAAAACACAGCACCUGUGAGUUUUAGUUUAGUCUUUCAAUCAUUCCAUUUUUGUUGACCCUCUGUAACAAAACAUGUUUGACCUCUCCCUGGCCUUUCCCCUGACCUCUCCACCUCUCCUUCUCUACUACAGUACUAUGGGAUGACAGAGAUGAACUACUACACUGUGUUAUUCGGCGUGUCCCGAGCCCUGGGAGUGCUGGCCCAGCUGAUCUGGAGCCGAGCCCUGGGCUUCCCCCUGGAACGCCCCAAGUCCAUGAGCACGGACGGACUCAUGACCCUGGUGGGGGCCAACAAGUCCGGCUGAAGAGGAAAGGAAAGGAGAGGGGAGGAAAUAUCAAAUAAAAGCUGACCUCGCCCCCAUCCCCAUGGAAGAGAUUCAAAGAGACAGUACCCUUUUUUGUUUUUUAUUUAUUUAUCAAAAAUCAAAAAAAGGGCCUUUUGAUAUUUACAUUAUUCAGUGUGAGACUGUUAGGUAGAUAUUCAUAGAUAUCCUAUAUUAUAUAUCCACCCUAUGCCUCCACAUUUGGAAGACAAAUAGAGAAGACACAAAACACGUACUCAUACACUGAGUGUAAAAAAAAACUUUAAGAACACUUUCCUAAUAUUAAGUUGCAACCCCCCUUGCCCUCAGAACAGCCUCAAUU